GGUAACACAAGUCGCUCCCGCUAAAAUUACUCUUCCGGCACGCUCGACCGUCCUCUGUUCCCGGAUCCAAGUGGCUGUGCAUAUCGCGUCUGUUUCUCUUUAAGGAAAUGCUUUGUUCGUUCUUCACUGGAAUCGUAGUUCACUCCACAGCGUGAGGGGCAUUUAGAUUCAUCAGUUGGCUGUCCUGCGCUAUCCCCACCGAAGUCCCCACAGCGUCUGAAGCCGAAGGCGUCCGCAGGCGCAGUUACUUCUCAAGGGCAAACGCGCGAAACUGCGAUGGAAAAGAACAGAAGAUGGACCCUGUCGGCCGACCUGGGGGCGCUGCUGUCGUCCGGAAAAGCUGCUGACAUCACCAUCAUGGCGGACGGCGUCUGGCUGCCGGCGCACAGAGCAGUGUUGGCGGCGCGCAGCCCUGUCUUCGCCGCCAUGUUCCGCCACGAUGUGCUGGAAGCUUCUGAGGGCAGUGUGAACAUUGCAGACAUCAACCAGGAGGUGCUGCAGCAGCUGCUGCAGUUCAUGUACACUGACGAAGCGCCUCUGCUGGAAUGCGUCGCACCGGAGCUGCUCGCGGCAGCGGACAAGUAUGGUGUGACCAGACUGAAGCAACAGUGUGAGCAACAGGUCAUUAUGGACCUGUGUGUGGAAAAUGCUGCAGCCAGCGCCGUCCUUGCAAUGGUCUACUCGUGUGCGAAGCUGAAGGCGGCAGCUAUCAGCUUCAUCAAUUCCCACUACCAAGAAGUUAUGGCUACAGAUGGUUGGGCUAGUGCCAUGAGGGAACACACGGAAGACACUGUGGAGAUCUGCCGUCUGCUGAGGGAUGCAACACGCCUUGAGUCAGAAAGCAAGAAUGAAACACCAGAAAAGACGGAAGAGGGUAGGGGUGACCUGGCAGGCGACCUGGUGGCACUGCUGGAGUCUGCUGACAGCAGUGACGUGACACUCAUGGUUGGCGGGGUGUCACUGGUGGCCCAUAGGGCAGUGCUGGCAGCACGCAGCCCUGUCUUGGCUGAGAAGCUCAAAGACACCCCGAAUGGUACCCUGCAGAUGGAUGGAGCACCACAUAAGGAGCUGGGCGAAGCCCUCCUCUACAUGUACAGUGAUCAACUGCCAUAUCCAGAAAGCGUCAGUGACAAUCUCCUAGUGCUGGCCGACAACUAUGAGCUUUGUGUUCUAAAGAAAUACUGUGAAGAGCAGUUGGCAGACCAAAUCUCUGUUAACAACGCAGUGUCCCUGGUUGUGGUCGCAACAAAACACUCCUGCGCCGCGCUCAAGGCAGCUUGUGUUGAUUUCAUCAGGAAGCAAAUCUUCGAUGUGAUGGACACGGCUGGUUGGGAAAUGGCAUUACGCAAUGAUCUGGAGAUCAUGGUGGAGAUAUGCAAAUGUUUGGCUUCAGCACAAAGGUACAGGUAGUUUUGUUUGUGUGGAUAAUACUGUAACUAUCUCUAAAUUUUUGUAUUUAUACACAAGGAUUGGUCAAAAUAACGUAUUAACUUCUGCAAAAAUCGAAACACAU